CGAGCUGUAAUACGCGUGGUUGGUUCAGCUCUGAGGUUUCACGCUCCUAAAACCCUAAUUCCAAAGACACUUGCCAGCGCAUCCAGAAGAGGGUUUUGAUCCCCGAACCCCUGGGCGGCGAUCUUCCAUUAUAAUUCUCCGAUGGCCACCGCUGCCGCUCUGAGGAACCCUAAUUCGAGGCGACUCCUCCGCUUCUCGCCCGCCUCCCCUCUCAUCUACUCAUGCUGUCGCGGCGCGAUCGUCGGCCCCGAGCCGCAAUCUUUGCCUGGUCCCAUUCUUGGGGGCGAGCCGGCGGCUGCGCAUUGGUUGAGGAGGUCCAUGGCCACCUUCACUCGGACGAAACCUCAUGUAAAUGUUGGUACCAUUGGGCAUGUUGAUCAUGGCAAAACUACACUAACAGCAGCGAUUACCAAGGUUCUAGCUGAAGAGGGAAAAGCUAAAGCUGUUGCUUUUGAUGAGAUCGACAAAGCUCCUGAGGAGAAAGCUAGAGGAAUUACCAUUGCAACAGCCCAUGUGGAGUAUGAAACAGCAAAACGACACUAUGCCCAUGUUGAUUGCCCAGGACAUGCUGAUUAUGUUAAGAAUAUGAUCACUGGAGCUGCUCAAAUGGAUGGUGGUAUCCUUGUUGUAUCAGCACCUGAUGGACCAAUGCCCCAAACAAAGGAGCAUAUUCUGCUUGCUCGCCAGGUGGGUGUGCCAUCACUUGUCUGCUUUCUGAACAAGGUUGAUGCUGUUGAUGAUCCUGAGUUACUAGAGCUUGUAGAACUGGAGCUUCGAGAGCUGCUUAGCUUUUACAAGUUCCCUGGGGAUGAGAUUCCUAUUAUUCGAGGCUCAGCAUUAUGCGCUUUGCAGGGAACAAAUGAAGAAAUUGGCAAACAGGCAAUUCUAAAAUUAAUGGAUGCAGUAGAUGAAUACAUACCAGAUCCAAUACGUCAGCUUGACAAGCCAUUUCUCAUGCCAAUUGAAGAUGUGUUUUCAAUACAGGGACGUGGAACUGUUGUUACUGGCCGUAUUGAACAAGGAACAAUUAAAACCGGAGACGAUGUUGAAGUUUUAGGGUUGACACAGAGUGGGCCUCUGAAAACUACUGUUACUGGUGUUGAAAUGUUCAAGAAGAUAUUGGAUCAUGGACAGGCUGGUGACAAUGUUGGCCUUCUUUUACGUGGGCUGAAACGUGGAGAUGUGCAACGAGGGCAGGUAGUAUGCAAGCCUGGUACAUUAAAGACUUGCAAGAAAUUUGAGGCAGAAAUUUAUGUGCUUACGAAGGAUGAAGGUGGUCGCCACACUGCAUUUUUCUCAAAUUACAUGCCCCAGUUCUUCUUGAGAACUGCAGAUGUUACUGGUAAAGUUGAGCUCCCUGAGAAUGUAAAGAUGGUGAUGCCCGGUGAUAACGUCACAGCUACUUUCGAAUUGAUAUCGCCUGUUCCUCUUGAAGCAGGACAAAGAUUUGCCCUCCGGGAAGGAGGGAGGACAGUUGGUGCAGGAGUUGUAUCCAAAGUGAUCAGCUGAGUUUCUUCCACGGUAGCAGCAUAGCUUCUUCUUCUUCUUCGUCCCCACAAAGAAAUUGCAAGUUGUUGUUGUUGUUGAAACAGGCAAUUUAGGUAGAUGAGAAUUGGUAUGGUAUACCAAAUUUGUUCGUUCUCUUAAAAUGCAUCAACGGUAAUCUGGGAAUCUCAAUUUUUUGGAGCUGAGUGUGAGCCUUCGCCAUCAAUAAUCACCACAUAUUGAUACGUUAUUGACCAGCUGUAUGAUAGUGAGUGGGUUUCUUGUGAUGUGUGUCGUUGCCUUGCAUGCUUGUAGACAUGACAUUUAAUUCGGCACCGUAUAGGCUACGUUAUCGGUGGGACCCUUUUGUAUGUGGUGAGUUGGCACAGGAAUUAUAUUUGCUUGUUGGAUAUGAAGGCUUUGCUUCUUUGCACGGGUAUCGAGUUGUAUGUUUUCUUGUUGAAACCAAUACUAGUCACGGUGUUAGAACCGUUCCCGAAUCCAUUGAUCGGGCUAAUUAUAAUUUUAUUUUUGUA